GUCAGAUCUGUUGUCGAAGUUGUCGUCAUUCCUGCACCGCUUCCAAGUGCCCGGAAUGUACAGAAAACACAUCUGGAAACUGCUUCUCGAUGUGAUGGACGCCAAUGAAGACUCCGAUCCCUUUGUAUCCACUCAACAGACACUUCACUGCAAAGACAUUCGCAGAGCUCUUCAACUCAUGCUCUAUAUCGACGACAACACCACUCCUUCCAAGCAAUUGGUUCUCAUGUUUUUCCUCGAGUUCUCCGAAUUGGACAUCAAUAUUGAUAAACAGUUUCAGACAAAUGAAGUCAAAGAUCUUAUGGUUAUUAGCGAUGUAUUGGUUAAGGAAUUUAUUGACGACAAGAAUAAAUUGGAUGACAGUAUAGAUGAGAUGUAUUGGUUGUUCAGAAACUUGAUCUCAAGCGUGAGAUUAAACUUUUUUGCUCUCAUCGAUUGUUACGAGAAGUUUGUGAAUGGUUUGGCUCAGGAGGAUAAGAGUCUUCACCACCAUUUAGUCAAAACUGGUAUAAUUAGAGUACAACCCAAUAGUACAGCCAUUAAUGGCGCCAAACGAGAUUACAAGAAGUACAACAUUUCCAACUAUAGACCAAUAAUUACAUGGUUUGUCCGCUUCUACGCCGGAAUCAUUGACCAUCACUGUCUCAUC